AUGAUGACAUAUCGUAUUGUUAUAUUUUUGUUGGUUAUUUUUUCAAUUCAAAAAAUUUUUGGUAAACAAUGUUUAAAUGAUCAAUGGCCACCAAAAUCAGAUCGAAUAGUACCAACACAUGUUGUUAAUUUAGAUUUACCACCUGUCGAACGUUGGAAAGAAAUUGCAACUAUUUACAAACCUGCAAUUAUUGAUUUGGUUGACUAUAUCAAACAAUUUGCUCUCUCUAUAUCACCUGAACUACAAUUUUUAGUCAGUCUUGUCGAUACUAAAUUGCCAGCUAUGGCUGAUACAUUACCAGCACCAUAUGGUGAUGAAUUGAAAGGUAUUAGUCAUACAACUGGAAUACCAUUGGGUGAAAUUGUUUUGUACAAUAUUUUCUAUGAAAUUUUUACAUUAUGUACAUCGAUUGUGGCAGAGGAUCAAAAUGGUAAUAUUCUUCAUGGACGAAAUCUUGACUUUGGACUUUUAUUGGGUUGGGAUAUGUUAAACAAUACAUGGACAUUAUCAGAAAAGUUACGUCCAUUGAUUACUCAAAUAAAUUUUACUCAACAUGGUCAAGUUCUUUUUAAAACAACGAGUUUUGCUGGCUAUAUUGGUGUUAUUACAGGCGUCAGGCCAGGUAUUUUUAGUAUAUCAAUGAAUGAACGUUAUGGUUUUAAAGGUGGUUAUAUUGGCUUAAUUGAAUGGAUAUUUAAUAUUAAUCGUAACCAAUCAUUUGUUACAUUUGCUAUGCGUGAUAUGUUAACAACAUCAGAAAGUUAUAAUCAAGCUGUUGAAUAUUUAACUAAAAUUAAACUUACAGCUCCAUGUUAUUAUAUUCUUGCUGGACCAAAAUCAAAACAAGGUGUUAUUAUUACUCGUUCACGUUAUGAAGCAGAUGAUAUUAAACAAUUAGGUAACGAUAAUUUAUGGUUUUUAAUCGAAACAAAUUAUGAUAAUUGGAAAAAACCACCUGUUUUUGAUGAUCGUAUAACACCAUGUAUCGAAUGUAUGAAAACUAAAGGAAAAAAUCAAGUUACUUUCGAAUCAUUGUUUAAUGUUUUUUCAUCACGACCAAUGCUCAAUAAAUUGACUGUAUAUACAGCUUUGAUGGAACCAGCAACUGGUCGAUUGGAAUCCUAUUAUCAAUAUUGUCGUGAUGAAGAUGCACCAUGUGCACCUUGGUAG